AUGGAUUCUUUACGUUGGGGUAUUAUCGGUACAGGCAACAUCGCACACUUAUUUGCCAAAGCCUUAAAGGCUGCCAAAAGAGGUAGAUUAGUUGCUGUUGGAAGCCGCUCAUUAGAAAGUGCCAAGACGUUUGGAGCCAAGUUUGGUGUAGACGCGACUCGUUGUUUUGGCAGCUAUCAGGACCUAUUACAAUCCGAAAUUGACAUCGUUUAUAUCUCCACACCUCAUCCUCAGCACUUUAGUCUUGCCCUCGAAGCUAUCGAGGCAGGUAAACAUAUGCUUAUUGAAAAACCUAUGGGUAUGACCGAAACGCAAGUCAAGACCAUCUUUGAAGCCGCUCAGGCACGUCGUCUGUUUGUCAUGGAGGCUUACAUGUAUCGCUGUCAUCCUCAGACUCGGAAGGUUGUCGAACUUAUUCGGUCAGGCGUGAUCGGACAAGUCAAGUACGUACGCGCAAACUUUUCAUUUGAUGGCCGUCCGCUUGGACCAAGCUCGAGAUUGUGGAGAAACGAACUUGGUGGGGGCGCUAUUUUAGAUAUUGGUGGAUAUCCCAUGUCAUUUGCUCGUCUUGUCGCUGGUGUAGCUAAAGAUUCUGAUACUGAAGGUGAUGACCCUGUACAGGUUAAGGCGGUUGGUUAUGUGCAACCUGACACUCAAGUGGACGAAUGGUCAAAUGCAUCCAUUGCCUUUGAUGGAGGUAUCACCGCUCAGUUGUUCACAGGUAUCUUUUGUGAUAGUGAUUCGAGUGUCGAGGUGUUGGGCAGUCAAGGUGGAAUCAAGGUGCAAAACCUUUGGAGACCUGAUCUUACGCAACUGGGUCCAGUCGUAAUCGAACUCUCUGUAUACGGCAAGCCAAAGGAAAUCGUACCUGUUCCCCUGGAGGAAACAGAUAUUUAUGCAAUUGAAGCAGAUGCCGUCGCAGAUGCUGUGCUGGAGGGUAAGCUCGAGUGCAAGUAUAUGACCUGGCAAGAUUCACUGGGUCAAGUACGUGCGAUGGACAGCUGGAGAAAAGAGAUAGGCUUGGUCUAUGCUGAGGAUGCAUAA